UUCAUUUUUCCCCCCACUAGUCCCACUAUUUUUGUCAACCUCACGUGAACCCCCAUCUCUUUUCUUUUUUCUCUUGCAACUUCAACUAACUCUCCCCCAUUCUCUCUCUUAAUUACCUCUAUUUCCUAUACUAUAUAUACAGAAAAUAAUAACCAAGACGCACAUAAACCAUAACACAAAAGAAAAAGAAUCCCCUCCAACCCCCCAAAAAAAAAUAAAAAAUGCCUCCUACUUCUCCAGAUUCAUCUGUAUUACUCCAAAGAAUUAGUUCUAACACUACACAUGAUUUUUCUUACAAACAAUCUCAUCAACACUUACAAAGACGCAUGCCGAUACCGUGUUCAACAGAAGUUCCUGAUUCCAUGGCUUGUUACCACACUCACCUUGUUGGUCCUAACCAAUGUUGCUCCGCUGUGAUCCAACGUAUCUCCGCACCCGUAUCCACAGUAUGGUCCGUGGUUCGAAGGUUCGAUAAUCCACAAGCAUAUAAGCAUUUUGUCAAAAGUUGUAACGUUGUUGUUGGUGAUGGUGAUGUUGGCACUCUACGUGAGGUUCGUGUGAUCUCGGGCCUCCCUGCUGCUAGUAGCACAGAGAGGCUCGAAAUCCUCGAUGACGAAAGACACGUCAUCAGUUUUAGCGUAGUCGGUGGAGACCACCGACUAGCUAAUUAUAGAUCCGUUACAACUCUCCAUCCGGAACAGAGUUUCGGGGGGACGAUUGUAGUGGAAUCUUACGUUGUUGAUGUACCACAUGGUAACACUAGAGAAGAGACGUGUGUUUUUGUUGAUACUAUUGUGAGAUGUAACCUUCAAUCUUUGUCUCAGAUCGCACAGAAUUCGAUCACACAAAAAUCUUCGUGAAUUUUUGAAUAUAUUAUAUGUAUUCGCGGUUGCAGACUAUGUUGUGCUGAUUCUUCACCUUCGAGAGAUACUGGUUGAUAUUUUUUUUUAAGAGUCCGAGCAACGUAGGUUGUGGAUCGGAAUUAAUGAAGACAACUGAUCGAUGAUGCUUGUGGUGAUGAUCAGAUGAUAUUCAUUGUGCGAUGCAUGAUUGUUUCGUUGCACCUUUGUUAGGUGUGUGUGUUAAUCUCCUUGUCAUCACUUGUUGAAGAUAAGUUCUUGAUCAAUUAAUCUUGUGUUGAAAAAUUAAUUUAUAUUCUCUUUUUUUCAGUCUAUUUCUUUUUAUUGAUUCUUUACCUCAUUGUUAUGUUUAACUUGUUUGUGAAUUUGUGAAAAUAAUUAAUGAAAGAAGAGAUUUAGAGGGCAA